AUGCAGUCCCUCUCGCGCCCGGCAUCCACGUCUACCCGUCCCACCGCUUCUCCGAACCCCAAGCCGCAGUAUCAAGUAAAUACCCAGACAAAAGUCUUCGAUACCGCUCAAGGCCGGAUCCUCUGCAUAGCAGACAUCCGUGGCCGCCUUUCUGCACUCAAUGACCUCGCGAGGGAAGCGAAUGCAUCUGCAAUUAUUCACACCGGGGACUUUGGCUUCUUUGAGGCCUCCAGUCUCGACCGGAUAAACGACCGGACGCUCCGUCAUCUUACCAUGUACUCUCCGCUCAUCCCAACCGCGCAAAGAAACCACCUACUUGCGCCGGAGAAUCCCCCCUCAGCCAUCCGGUCGACUGUCACCAUCAACCUUUUGUCCGAAUUCCCCUUGCUUCUUUCCGGCCAAAUCAAGCUUCAAGUCCCCGUCUACACUGUCUGGGGCGCGUGCGAGGACGUGAUCGUGCUCGAGAAGUUCCGCGCGGGUCAAUACGACAUCGAGAACCUACACAUACUCGACGAAGCGACGACGCGGUGCCUCGACCUUGGCGGCGUCAAGCUGCGUCUGUUGGGGUUGGGUGGCGCGCUUGUGCCACACAAGAUGUUCGAUAAUGGAGACGGGAGCGCGACAAUCGCCGGUGGGCAGGGCACGAUGUGGACGACGGCCUUGCAGAUUGGUGAGCUUGUCGACACCGCGCAGAGAGUCUUCGACCCUACAGAGACGCGUCUACUCGUGACGCACGCCUCCCCGGGCCGCGAGGGCAUCAUCAACCAACUCGGCCUCGUACUCAAGGCAGAUCUAAGCGUCUCCGCGGGCCUCCACUUCCGCUACGCAUCAUCGUACAACGAGUUCAGCGUCCAGUCUGACUUCGAGGGGCUGCGCCACAAGCUCGUCGCGGGCAAGGAGGCAUUUGACAAGGUCUGGGAAAGCGUCAAGACCCAGGUCGACGCCGUCAUCGACGAGCACCAACGCGUUCUCUUGGACAAGGCCCUUUCUGUCGUCGAGCGGAUACCUCCGCCCCCGAACCAGCCAGGCCCAGCCGGUCAGCCGUUUGCUGAGGAGCCGGCGUGGAAAAACUGCUGGAACUGGAACCUCUGUGACGCUGCGUACGGCGCGCUUGUGCUUGAUAUCAAGGAUGGCCGCGUCAGCGCAGAGCUGAAGAGUCAAGGCUUCAACUACGCGUAUCGCCGUUCGGUGACGCCGUCGACGGUGGCUGCGACCCCUAGCUCCGCGACCUCGGGUCUGCCCGUACAAGUGCAAAGCGGCGCGCCGGGUACGGGCGGGGCGAGCACGCCCAAGAACGCGACGCCUGCCGGGACCGAGAAGCCUCUGCCGCCACACUUGACUGGUUCUAAGUCAAAACCCGCGACGCCUCCGCCCGCAUCGGCCACUUCGGGCCGUGAGACGCCCAAGCUUAACGGCGCUCAGGACGCACAGGCUGCAGCGGACAAGGCUGAGCGCGAGCGCGCAAAGCGGGAGCGCAAGAAGGAGAGGAAGCGGGAGGCUGCCGCGGCUGCGAAGGAGGGCGGGUCGGGCAGCGGCACAGCGUCGCCCGCGCAGCCGAGGACGGAGGUGGACUUGAGCAGUCCGCCACCGCAGGCUCCCAAGUCUGGCAAGGCUACCCCAGAGGUGUCGACGGCGGGACCCCCUGGUGUGGACCUCAGGGGUCCGGAGGAUGGUGUGACGUCCCCAGCGACUGAGAGCACCGGGGUGCGGACACCGACAGGCAGGAGACCAGCGCGUAACCCGUGGACCAUCUUCAUGCGCAUGCCCAAUCCUGCGAACGAGACCGAGGUCAAGGACUUCUUUGGCGACGCGGGCUCGGGGAUCAUCCGCGUCAGCUACCCCCAGAACUUCGCUGGUCGCAACCUGAAGAUGUGCUACGUCGAGUUCGGCGAUGAAGAUGCUAUGAAGUCCGGGUUGGCCAAGCAGGGCGCAACACUAAACGAUUCUAUCCCAGAAUUGAAGCAGGCGACCGACAAGGAGUCGCGCGCCUCUGAAACCGGGCCUCGUGGUGGUUCCUUCAGUGCGCGUGGCGGGCGCGGCCGGGGUGGAUUCGCUGCCCGUGGGUUCGCAUCCGCAGGCCUGACACGCGGCGGUCCUCCCGGGCGGCUCAACGGCGACGCACCGUCCUCUGAAGCACCCAGGCCGUCUGAGGGCUCCUGAGCCCUGAGGGACAGCCAGAGUGCGCUGCGGCAUGGAGGCCCGAGCUGCAGGUUGGGGAGGACAUGUCGCGUCGGUGUGCCGUGUGGUUGCCCAUGCCGUGCCGUACCGUACGUCUGUCGCCGUUGUCUGAUGAUUGAUCGUUCCGUUCGCUCGCAUCGUCCCCGUUAGUACCUAUCCUACGUAGUGUCUGUAGUCGCGCUCGUGUUUGCAUAUCGGCGGUGUCCUCUAUUUCUCAUCUUCCCGUGCAUCCCCCAUUGCUCGCAAGCGGCCCGCGCUCCCUUUUCACUUGGGUCCGCUGUUUGUCCUCGCUUCUUCCUCUCCAAGCGAGGCCGCUGCUGUCCAACCUUCCACGCGACCUCCAUUUGCUCAUGAGUUUCGCCUUUCCGAUAUGUGGUGACGGGUGUUGCUCUGCUCUUGUUAUGCCUUCUAUGCUACGGUUCGCAGUGAUAUAUGGUCAUGGUAAUGCUAGACCGCCCCUACCUGCAUGCUUUUGAUUGUAGCCUGUCUGCAACGCUGAUACCCUUGUGCUUGCUCUCG